ACUCUGUGCAUAAGGCGGACAAGGAGGAGAGGUACAUGUCCGGGAUCAGUGGGUAUGAGUAUACCUCAUACAAUGGCUCGUACCAGGAAGUCUCGUCAGAACUCUAUCGCACCGACUACAAGGUCCUCUACGGAGGAACCAAUGCGUCCAACUUCCACCUCUCGGACUACCACAUCCUCCAUCGAUCCGUCCCGCCGCGAGACACCGACAAUCCACCCCCACCACAUCGGCGUCGGGAUCGGCAUCCUGCUGAUUCACCAUCGUCCUCAAACAAUGUCUUUGCUCGGGCAGGUGCUUCGCCCAAAAGCUCGUCUACAAGGCCGACAUCGUCAUCGCCAUCGCGCUCGGCGACAUCGCAGCAGCCAGCUGGCAGCAACAACGUCUUUCGUCGCCUCUCCGAGUACUCGACAGACGCAUCGGCCGUGUAUAUGCCACACGGAUCAGUGGAAGAGCGCUCGUCGUACUCGGCUUUGGGCCCGAGGGUGGUGUCCAGCCCGGUGACCAAGCCGUCGGCCUCGUCGUCGUCGUCAGCUGCGGCGGUUGCGUCGUCGUCGCCGCUGCCACCGCGGCGGAGAAAGCUCCGCUCAAAGGAGGGCCGUGGAGAGAAGGAACUUUCGAUCUCGCUCUCGCCGUACUCGGCCGACGCUACCGCGCACAUCUCGAUCUCAUCCACCACAUACGGUAUCAACGAGUCGUCGUACGGUACCGACAGGGUCGAGCGGCUGCCUAUUCACGGAUCGGCCUACUCAGAUGAUGCUGCUGAGUAUGUUGCGCUCCCAACGCCGGACAUUUCGCUUGACGGGUCGUCGUCGUACGCGACAGCCGCGGCGUCGACCGCCUAUCGCACGCGCAAGGACGACCAGCUCCCGCUGCCGAGCUCAUACACAGGCGACAGGGCGGGAUAUGUCAUCCACACUGUCUCGACCGACUCGUCGUCAUAUUCGGGCAUGGCUACCGGCUUUUCGCCGCAAAACAGUCAUCGCGUGGCGCAGACUUUGUCGCGCAAAACCAAGGCAAAGCCAAAUGCAAAGGCGAAAGCCAGGGCUAAGCCGAAAGCAAGCGCGGCAAAGUCGUCGUACUCUGGUGAUGCGGCAGGAUACCGCGGUCUCUUGCCAGCCAGCGACUCCAAGAAGGUCGCGGCCGCAGAGGUCUCUGAUGGCUCGGCGGGCGACCACGCCGCACCUGCGCUCUCGUCCUACUCGGGCGAUGCGGCCGGCUACCGGGGCCUCUCGCCCGUGGUGGACUCGUCGAAUGGCAAGAAGGGCAAAAGCAAGAAGGUUGCGGCCGCAGAGGUCUCUGAUGGCUCGGCGGGCGACCACGCCGCACCUGCGCUCUCGUCCUACUCGGGCGAUGCGGCCGGCUACCAGGGACUCUCGCCCGUGGCGGACUCGUCGUAUUCAGCUGAUGUCACCACCAACUACGCACCGAAGCGCGGCAAGAAGGGGAGGAAGGGAAGGAAUGGCAAGAAGGGCAAAAGCAAGAAGGUUGCGGCCGCAGAGGUCUCUGAUGGCUCGGCGGGCGACCACGCCGCACCUGCGCUCUCGUCCUACUCGGGCGAUGCGGCCGGCUACCGGGGACUCUCGCCCGUGGCGGACUCGUCGUAUUCAGCUGAUGUCACCACCAACUACGCACCGAAGCGCGGCAAGAAGGGCAAGAAGGGCAAGAAGGGCAAGAAGGGCAAAAGCAAGAAGGUUGCGGCCGCAGAGGUCUCUGAUGGCUCGGCGGGCGACCACGCCGCACCUGCGCUCUCGUCCUACUCGGGCGAUGCGGCCGGCUACCGAGGGACUCUCCGCCCGUGGCGGACUCGUCGUAUUCAGCUGAU